GCAGCGACGCGGCGCCCUCUGGAAGUGUCAGAGGAGCGCACUUGCUCCGCCAGACUCUGGAUCAAUUAUUUGUAUGCAAGUGUCCAUCCGGAAGGGUCAGUCUGGAGAUGGCUGCGAAUCGGGUGGGGAGGCGUUAUAACAAUAAAAUACACUCGCCGAACCGAGGAACCAGCCGGGAAGCUGGACUGAGUGUGCAGAAGAGACAAGCGCGAGUCACUGUCAAAUAUAAUAGAAAGGAACUCCAGAGGCGCCUGGAUGUGGAAAAGUGGAUAGAUUGUGGACUUGACGAGCUGUAUUUGGGAAGGGAAGAGGAGAUGCCAGAGGAAGUGAACAUUGAUGAGCUGCUAGAUCUACAGAGUGAUGAAGAAAGGACACAGAAGCUUAAGGACAUCCUUCAUGCUUGCAGUAACAACACAGAAGUCUUCAUCACAGAGCUGGUGAAUAAACUUCACGGUUUGCAGAAACAAGAAGAUCUCCACAACAAUGGGAUCGAACAUCCUCAGCUUCACAUCUUCCCGGAGCGCCAGGGCUCUUCUGACAGCGAGAUUCACUGAGCACUCGUUCACAGCUCACUGUCAAGGCAUCAGCAGCACAUAUUGUUGUUUUUGGUUUUGUAAAUGAACAGAUCGACAAAAAAAAAACUGAAAAACCCUAUAAAUUAUUUAUGUAAAAACCUUGCUUGAAGAUUAGAUUAAAACACUGAGUUACUGACCACUGCAUGGACCUAUGACAAUUUGUCAUCUUAAUUUAGAAGUUUUUAAUACGAAUGAGUCUUGGUUGUAAAAACAGUUGUACUUUUCUCUCAGUGAACAGGUGUAUUUGUUCUUUUAGGGAAUUUUUUAUAACCCAUUUAAAUGUAAUAUUAUUCGGGUUUAUUGAAUAAUAUUAAAUCAGUUAUUUAUUUGAGUUAUAUACCUAUUUUGAAUUUAAUAAAAACAUUGAAUUUAGUCAAUUUUCAGCACACAAGAUGGAUAAAUUUUCAUAGUGCAUAACGUCCUUAUUAAAUAUUCACAAAUGAAGGAUUUUUUUUGGUCAUUAUGUUUGUAUGUUAUACUGAACCCACAAGUUUUCCACAAAUGGACCAAAGAGUUAUAUGGCAAGAUUCUUUUGAGAUUUUGAGUUAAAUAGUCUACUGUUGUGAUGUUUAUAUCUGUGGUUAGAUUUUGUAGGAUUCAAUUAUUUUCCAGAAAAAAGUUUUGCUAAAUUUAACAUAAUUCAUUAAAGCUGAUGGCUCGAGCUUUUGCCCAGUAGAUAUGAAAGACUUUCUGACAAAACCAUGAGGUAUUGUUAUUAUGUUUGCUGCUAUAUUAUACUCAAGCUGAUCAAAUUUACUGCUUGUUUGAAGAAAAUGACACUUUGUGAAGGAAUUGAGUUCUUUCUUCUUCAGAUCUGUAUUUUUAGUUCGUGUAAUGCACCGCUAUGUUUGUUUGUACAGUGGCAGAGUUUCACGAUAUCUCUGUUUUUAUUUACUGUCUUCAGUUUCAUUUGCUUGCAGUUAAAGGGUUUGAAGUCUGAGUUUGAGUGCGCAACAAAUUUUGACCCAUUGGACAAAACGAUUUUUUAAAUAUGAAUAUUUCAAUUAAGCAAAAAGUGAUAACAGGCUUUUUAUGUGUUUUGUAUCACUAAUGUUUUUAAUAAAACAAAACCACUCGAGCAAACGAACACAGUAAUAAUGCUGUAUAUAGCCUGUUAUAUCUUUGUGAAAUAAAAUAAUAAUGCAUCUUC